AUGGACGAAUCAGUAUCCGAUCAACCGACACUAAAACGUUUCUCACGAUACAAUCAGUCGAUGCAUUCACGACCGUCAUCUCACACGUGUAACAUACAGCCAGGUUCUUCUCAGCAGCAGCAACCGCAUACGUGUUCUAAAAUUAGCGGUCGAUUGAAAACAGGAUUCUUUAGCGGAAAUUGGACAUUACGCGGUAAAAAAGAACAAAAAAUGCGCCCAUCUGUGCAUGACAUAACUGUCGUACAGACUGGAAAGUCGAGCAGGCGAUUUUCGCAUGCAACAUCAAAUUUGUCAAUUGGUAUUAAUAAUGAAAAAUUCAGGUCAACAAAUUUAGCAACAGCGCAACAGCAGUUAGUAUCAGCUGAUCGGACCAGAUUGAGCUUUCCAUUGCCAUUCCAAAAGCACUUCCAUUAUGAUCAGUGCUAUCGUGUAAAUAGUCCGGGUCUGUUCAUAAUGACCAUCUCGUCUCAAUAA